UACUGGACAUCUCCACGCAGUGAAGAUGAACCGAAUAUUACAUUCAGUGCUGCUGGCGCUUUCUGCCAUCGUUCUUUUGGUCGAUGGGGCCUUACUGGACUGUUUCCAGAAGCAGCUGUAUUUAUCUUCUGUGAAAGUGGAAUUGAGCAAGCUGGAAAUAAGACACAAUCAUCUAGUGAAGUGGUAUAAUAGUUAUUGCCGGAAUACGCCAUUCCCUCAUCCGCCUAUAACAUUUCCUCCGCAAGAAAAGCCAGGUCCCACUAUUAUUAUAGUGUACCCACCAGGAAGUCCAUGUAACCCAGGAAAUGGAUCCAUCAUUAAUCCGCCUACAACUCUGCCAACCCUUCCUCCAUAUCCUCCUGUAACUCUUCCAACUCUACCAACUCUGCCAACUCUUUUUCCACCUCCACCUCCUCCUGUAACUCUGCCAACUCUUCCUCCGCCUCCCAUAAUUGAACCAACUCCUCCUCCAACCAAGCCACCUCCCCCCCAAACAUAUCCCACAUAUCCACCGUAUCCAACAUACCCAACAUACCCAUCAUAUCCAACAUAUCCAACAUAUCCAACGUAUCCCACAUAUCCACCGUAUCCAACAUAUCCAACAUAUCCAACACAUCCAACAUACCCACCAUACCCAACAUAUCCACCUUAUCCAACCAAUCCACCAUCCACAUCUCCACCAUAUCCACCUCCUACAACCGCUACAUAUCCACCUCCUACAACUCCACCAUUCCCAACACCCCCACCUACCACAACCCGAAAACCAACUACAUCCAUCGCCACUCGACCACCUGUAAUUUGUACGCACCCAUGUCAACCAGGUUGUCCAUGCCAACCAGGUUGUCCGUACCCAUGCCCACCAGUUUGUCCGUACCCAUGCCCACCAGACUGUCAGUACCCAUGCCAACAGCCAGGUUGUAAGUACCCAUGCCAACAACCAGGUUGUAAGUACCCAUGUGUACAACCAGGUUGUAAGUACCCAUGCGGAUACCCACCCGUAUACCCAACCGGAUACCCUCCCGUACACCCAACCAAAUACCCACCCGUAUACCCAACCGGAUACCCACCCGUAUACCCAACCGGAUACCCUCCCGUACACCCAACCGAAUACCCACCCGUAUACCCAACCGGAUACCCACCCGUAUACCCAACUGGAUACCCACCCGUAUACCCAACUGGAUACCCACCUUGUUCGCAGCCACCAUGUGGACAACAACCAUUAAUAUUAGUUGUUGAUUGCCCAUUCGCUAAGAAACAACAACAACAACAACAACAACUCCAAACUAAACUUCCAUGGGACAACACAAAUACAGAUUCGCAAAUUGUUAGCGUUUCAUUUAGUGAGAGUCCCCCACCGAUUGCUGCAAUAAAGCCCACAGUUCCCUUGACUGAUACCGACAUUAAUGUGGACGCGAAGCUAAACGCGGUGGGGCUGAUCCAGAAGUAUGGUUACCCUGUGGAGGUGCACAUCGUCAAAACAUCGGACGGCUAUAAACUGGCCCUGCAUCGCAUACCACGCCCGGGAGGACCGGUCGUACUGCUCGUGCACGGCCUCAUGUCCAGUUCAGCGUCUUGGGUGGAAAUGGGCCCGACAAACGGCCUGGCUUAUAUACUAUACGACCAGGGAUACGAUGUUUGGCUUUUGAAUACGCGCGGCAACAUCUAUUCGCACAAGCAUGAGGAUCCGCAUAUUCGGCCAGCGGACUACUGGAGCUUCUCGUUCCAUGAAAUCGGUGUUUUCGAUCUGCCGGCCAGCAUUGACAAAAUCUUACAAGUUACGGGCAAGAGCACCUUGCAAUACGUUGGCCACUCCCAGGGCUGUACCGCCUUCUUUGUGAUGGCCAGUCAGCUACCUCAGUAUGCCAAGAAGGUGUCUCUCAUGCAGGCUCUCUCGCCCACGGUCUACUUGAAAAAUACACAGAGUCCGGUGCUGCGAUUCCUGUCUCUGUUCAAGGGAAAUAUCAGAGUUUUGCUCAAUUUACUUGGUGGAUUCUCGGUCGCAAAGGAUAACAAGCUAAUCAAGCAAUUCCACGAUCAAAUCUGCAAGAGCAACCAAUUGGGCAGCGAAAUAUGCCGCAUCUUUGACUAUGUGACAUGCGGAUUCGGCUGGAAUCAGUUUAACAAUACCUUGGAGCCUAUUGUCGCUGAGCAUUCGUCGCAGGGCGCGUCCGCCUUCCAGAUCUAUCACUAUUCGCAGCUGCUCAGUAACCAAGAAUUCGCUGCCUUCGAUAAUGGCGAGGUGCUCAAUUUACAGCAAUAUAAUAAGCCACAGCCGCCGGCCUACAACAUCACCCAAAUACCCUGUCAAGUGGCACUGCACCACUCGCAAGACGACUGGCUGGCCAGCCUGCCCGAUGUUCAGCAACUGAAGGAUAAACUGCCCAAUGUUGUCGACUACUCGUACAUUCAGCAGGAAGGCUUCAGUCACUACGACUAUAUGCUUUCGCAGAAUGUGCAGGGGCUGGUCCACGAUCGCGUGAUUAGUAAUUGUGCUAGGUAUGGGCACAAAUAAGCGAGUGCUAGAUCUAGGCUUAAUUAGUAUGGCAAAAAUUAAUCUUGCGUACAUUUUCAAUUCGAAAAGUUUUGGUUGUGGUUGAAAAAAGAAAAGCAUACAUGAAAAUAUAUAGAAAAAUAAAUGGCAAUUAAUAUUUAA